CGCGGCGGCGACGUGGUGGUGGUGGCGGCGGCGAAGGAAGGGGCGGCCAUGUGGCUGGCGUUGGCGGCGCUGGUGGCGGCGGCGGGGGCGCAGUACGAGCGGUACAGCUUCCGCAGCUUCCCGCGGGACGAGCUGAUGCCGCUGGAGUCCGCCUACCGCUACGGCCUGGACCAGUACAGCACCGAGAACUGGCCCGAGAGCGUCAACUACCUGGAGGUCAGCAUGCGGCUCUACCGCCUGCUGCGGGACAGCGAGGCCUUCUGCCACCGCAACUGCAGCGCCGCCGGGCAGCCCCUUCCCGCCGCUACCGGGCAGCCCCCUCCCGCCACCGGCGGCGGGGCGGCGCUGGCCGAGCUGCGCCUGCUGGCCGGGGUGCUGCGGAGGGCCCAGUGCCUGCGGCGCUGCAAGCAAGGGCUGCCCGCCUUCCGACAGGCCCAGCCCGGCCGCGACCUGCUGGAGGAGUUCCAGCGACGGGAGCCCUACAAGUACCUGCAGUUCGCCUACUUCAAGGCUAAUAAUCUUCCAAAAGCUAUUGCAGCAGCUCACACAUUUCUCCUGAAGCAUCCAGAUGAUGAAAUGAUGCAAAGAAAUAUGGCCUACUAUAAGAGCAUACCUGAUGCUGAGGAGCAUAUUAAAGACUUGGAGACAAAGCCUUAUGAGAACCUGUUUGUCAGGGCUGUGAGAGCAUACAACGGUGACAAUUGGAGAACAUCUAUCUCGGACAUGGAGCUGGCUCUUCCUGAUUUCUUCAAAGCCUACGAUGACUGUACAGCAGCCUGUGAAGGCUCCCGGGAGAUCAAAGAUUUUAAAGACUUCUAUCUCUCCAUUGCAGAUCAUUAUAUCGAAGUCCUUGCCUGCAAAGUGCAGUGUGAGAGCAAUCUGACACCCAUCAUAGGCGGCUUUGUUGUUGAGAAAUUUGUGGCCACCAUGUACCAUUACUUGCAGUUUGCUUAUUAUAAACUGAACGACAUGAAGAAUGCAGCUGCUUGUGCUGCUAGUUACCUUCUGUUUGACCAGAAAGAUGAAGUAAUGAAGCAGAACAUGGUAUAUUAUCAGUACCACAAAGACAAAUGGGGACUUAAAGAAGAGGAUUUUCAGCCCAGAUCGGAGGCAGUUCGAUACCACAACAUAACCACGCUCCAGUUGGAAAUGUAUGAAUUCGCAAAGGAACAUCUGAUGGAUGACGAUGAGGGUGAAGUUGUGGAGUUCCUUGAUGAGCUGUUAGAAGUAGAGGAGAAGAAGGAAUCCUGAUGAGUGGAAUCACCGAGAAGCGUUUCACAGGAGCGAAGCCUCGCCGUUGCUCCCUCCUAUUGUUACUGGUCGCCUGUAGUUCCGGGUAGAUAUACCUCAAAAGCUGCUCCUUUCAGGUUUGCCUUAUGUCACAAGAUCCACUCCUAAGAGGUCACUUCCGUGCCGCGCUGGCUCUUCCCUGAGCGUGGCGUUUCGCUGUGCGUUUACAGAAUUGGUGCUUGAGGGUUUUCCUCCUGAGCUUUCUUCCCUUUGCACAAACACAACCAAGCAGACUGAUUUCUAUUUUCCAGGCUAACACUAAUGUUCCUCGUUUCAGUGGUGUUCUACUUAAGUUAUAACAGUCUGGCUAAAAUUCUGAAGAAUUUUUGUCGGAUUAUGAACCAUGGAAGACAUGCCGGUUCCUUUAGACUUUCUGAGCUAUGUAUUGUAUUAUUUAUAUAUCUGUGAUGAUGAAUGAAGUGAUGCUGAACCCCAGUACACCUGAAAGAUGUUAAGACACAUUUAAAUAGCUGAAGUAAGAUGAGGAGCAAAGCACAACUAGAGCUCUUGUAAAACUUGCUUGAAGAAUCCUGUAAGUGGCGUUGGAUCUUUCUUAAAAGCUGAAUGAAAUUCCAUGAUGUGAAACUGAGGUCACUUAGAACUGAGUAAUAAAGAAUUCCUUCUUCUUACCAA